AUGUCAUCUGUUGUUCAGAAAGAAGUAGAAAUUUAUGUUAUCUUUUGUAAAUUAACUAGUGUUAAUACAAUUCAAGGUAAAUUUGAAGGUGAAAUUGAUAUUGUAUCAUCAUGGUUAGAUACUAUACAUGGUAAUUAUGAUCAUGAACGUCAUUGGAAUCCUCGACUUGUCUAUGAAAAUAUAAUGGAUAAAGAUAGUAAAAUUCGAACACGUAUUGAAGUUAAACCUCAUAAUGAUAAUGAACAUCAUUUUGUACGUAUUGUUCAAUAUCAAAAAAUAACUGGAACAUUUUCUGAAUGGCUUCAUGUUAAACAAUUUCCAUUUGAUGUUCAAAAACUUGGUAUUAUCAUUACAAGUCUACAUCCAAUAUCACGUAUAACAUUAAUUGGUAAACAAGAAUAUUGUUAUUUAGCACAAAAAGCUAUACGUGAAAAUGAUAGUUGGGAUUUUAAUCAAACUGUUUCAAUCGAUUAUAGUACAUAUCAAGAACAUACACCAUAUUUACGUUCACAACAAUAUCCAUUAAUAAAAUUAAAUGCAUUAAUUGCACGUAAAAGUCAAUUUUAUAUAACAAAUUUAAUUUUACCAUUAUUUUUUGUCACAUCAACAAUAUUUGUUUCAUUUACACAUGAUGUUGAUGCUGUUAGUACACGUUUAUCAGCAUGUGCAACAACAUUAUUAACAUCAAUUAAUUUUCGUUUUAUUAUACAUAAUUAUUUACCCAAUGUACCUUAUUCAACUUAUCUUGAUAUGUAUUCAAUGGGAUCAAUUGUAUUUAUAACAUUAGUUUUUUUGUUGGCAUGCAUAUAG